AUGCCGAAAAUCGACUGGGAGACUUACAAGAAGUUGAUUCCUAUACCGGGACUCGUAGACAAGUUCAAAAGUGAAAUGGACAAGUACGGGAUACCAUAUCCGCAAGAUACCAUGACCUCAAAAAUUGAAGAGCAAUGGAAGUCAAUUCAGAAAGAGAUCCAAUCGUUCUGCGCAGAACAAGAUAAAGAAAUUGAGACAGCUUCUAAAGAGUUAAAGAGAAUACGAGCUCUACCGAAGUAUGAGGAUAUGACCAUGGAGAUGUUCUACGACAUAUACCCCAACGACGCCCUGGACCCUGUAAAAAGGCCAACAUUCUGGCCGCACGAUUCAGAAGAGCAGCCUGAUUAUAAACCCCCCGAACAGAAGGCAAUUGAAAAAAAAGACGGGCAU